AUGCACGCCAACAUUGGAAAGCAACGUGACAACUGGAAUACCCUUCUUCUGAACUCCAUCAACAUGAUUACUCUCACCGCCGCAACCAUGGCUGGUGUUGCUGCGAUUGGUGGCACUGGAAUGCCCCAUCUGGCUCUCAAGUUGUCGUCCACUCUCUUGUAUUUUGCAGCCAUAGGGAUGCUCCUUGUAAUGAACAAAAUUCAGCCAUCACAACUUGCAGAAGAACAACGCAAUGCUACCACCAGAUUGUUCAAGCAACUCCGGAGCCAAAUAGAAACUAUGCUUGCUUCUGGGGCAACAACGGAAGAAGAUGUGAAGGAUGUGAUGGAAAGGGUUUUGGCCCUUGACCGAGCCUACCCCCUUCCCUUGCUAGGAGCAAUGCUUGACAAAUUCCCUGCAAAGUUUGAGCCUGCUACUUGGUGGCCUUCACACAAUUACUCCGAAAGAAAAAUAAGUCACAUGAAAGAAAACAACGAGAGAAUAAUGGGUGCCGGGUGGAGUGAGGAACUUGAAGUGGAAAUGCGGGACAUCAUUAAAGUGGUGAAGAGAAAGGACAGUAAGGACUACGAAAGGCUGGGCAACCUGGUGUUGAAGAUUAACAAGAUUUUAGCCAUCUCAGGUCCAUUACUAACAGGGAUUGCAGCUGUCGGCUCUGCUUGUGUUGGUAAUGGGUCAUGGGCUGCAAUCGUAGCUGUGGCGUCGGGGGCUUUGGCUAUCGGUGCGAAUGCCUUCCAGCAUGGUGGGCAAGUUGGAAUGGUGUUCGAGAUGUAUCGAAACAACGGUGGAUUUUUCGAGCUAUUACAAGAAACAAUCAAAGCCACACUCGAGGAAGGAGACUUGGAGAAAAGAGAGAACGGAGAGUUGUUUGAAAUGAAAGUGGCUUCGCAAAGCUUGUCACAGCUUAGAGAACUUGCUAGAAAGUCAGCUUCUUAUCGUCUAGACGGAACUGCCAUAGACGAAUUUGCUAGCAAGCUUUUUUAGUUCAUGCACAGUUAUUCUUUGAUUCUUUGAUUGUUCAUAUAACUAAUUCGAUCUUUUGUACAAUCACCAACGCAGAAACAAUUUUAAUUUAUAA